AGCAGGAAUCCCUGUCUGUGAUGGCAUCCUUCUGAUCUGUCUUCUUUCUACAAGACACAGCCUAGAAAGAAGAUUAUUUUGCCACUGUAGUUGUCCUGUUUAGCAGCACACUGAGAGCAAUGGAAGGAGAUGGGGACUUUGUACAUUGUGGAUCUGCACUUGUGAAAACUGAAAGACCUCAACUUGUGGAAAAGAGCAAUACCACAUCAGAAGUGUGGAGAUACUUUGGUUUCCAACCUGGUAGUGACGGUAGGCCAGAAAAUAUUGAAACCCCAGUCUGCAAGAUCUGUUUCCGAGUCAUUCCUGCUAAGGCCUCAAACACAAGCAAUCUUUAUGCACAUCUAAAAUCCCAGCACCCUCACAUUUACAUUGAGGUCAAAAGCAAACCCAACCAGGCGCCAACUACUACAGCUUCAUCUGGGGAACCAAACAAAGAUCAGACAACUACGAUGCGGGAAAUCUUUCAGCGAAAAGAUAAAUUUGAUCCGAAACCCCGAGAGCACAAGGAGCUGACUAAAGCUGUGACGUACUUUGUCACCAAGGAUAGGAUGCCUCUGAAUACUCUUUCCAAGCCUGGCUUUCAGCACCUCUUGAGCAAGUUUAACCCUAAAUAUGAGCUGCCGAGCAAGAACUACUUCUCUAGAGUAGCUAUUCCAUCACUCUAUGCAGAUGUUCGCAAAGUUGUGGAGAGAGAAUUAAAGAAUGGGGAUUGUUUUGCUGCAACUGUUGAAACAUGGACAUGCAGAGGCAAUGAAAUGUACCUAACAUGUGGGGUUCAGUAUGUGGAUAGUGAUUGGAUCCUCAAAACACACUGUCUGCAGACCCAGUACUUACCAGAUGAACACACUGGUCAGAGUUUUAAGUGUGCUCUUGAAGAUGUGCUGGAGGAAUGGGGGUUAGAUCCUACUAGCCUUGUUGCUGUCACUACAGAUAAUGGAUCCACUGUUAAACAUGCCUGUGAGUUGUUAGGCUGGAAAAGAAUUAGCUGCUUCAGCCAGAACCUGCAAAGUUCAAUCCAAAAGGGUCUUGAAGAUUCGCGCAUUGAACGAAUUAUCCAGCUAUCUCGUCAAAUAUUCUCUCAAUUUUCACGCAGUUGCAAAAGGAAGCGGGAUUUUUCUAUAGCUCAGGGUCAGAAGGGGCUUCCAAGAAAUUCACUAAAAGCAGAUGUUAACAACCAGUGGGGAACAACUUUGGAUAUGCUUGAAAGGUUUCUUGAGCAACAGGAUGCAAUCAGAGCUGUAUUAGCCCAUGACCGUAAGAUAUGUCGUCUUGUUCCAACAUGGCAAGACAUUGAUGUUCUUGAGUCCAUUGUAAGUGUUUUACGCCCAUUCCGUGAAAUGACAGAAGCUCUGUCUUCUGAGAAAUUCAUUGCCAUUUCAGCAAUAAAUCCUCUUAUAAAACACAUAUGUAAUGAUCUUGUAAGAGAGGAACAAGAGGAGUUAACUCUUGGGUUUCUAAUGAGAAUGAGAAUAAAGCGAGACCUUGAAAUACGAUAUGGAGACCCAGAAUUGGUACAUUUUCUGGAUAAAGUUACAUUCAUUGACCCCCGGUUCGGUCCCACAUGUGUAGACAAUCUAGAGAAUGUUCUGCAGCAGAUUAAAGGAGAAGUACUUGCUGGCAAAGUGGCUGAAGAACCCUCAAUAUUUCAAAUAGGCUAUGAUGGUUCAACACUUUCUCCAUCAAGCUCUUGUAGUUGGUAUGAUCGAGAUAGCCCAGGGCCAAGUCAUCCAAAGAAAGCUAAAUAUGGAGGAGGUCUUGCAAAGGUAUUUGGAAAGCAGAGUGGAGAUGGAGACACAGACAAAACGGUAACUACUUCAGUUUCUCUGCAGGAGCAGCUUGAUCGAGAGCUGGACUUUUAUUUCAAGGAACCAAAACUCUCCCUGGAAAACUGUCCUCUUCAAUGGUGGAAAGCCACCCAGAAUUGUCUGCCCUUGUUAGCAAAACUAGCCAGAAAGUAUCUCUGCAUCUCUGCAACGAAUGUGGCAUCAGAAAGAGCGUUCAACAGAAGUACUUCUGCGUUUGCCGAGUAUCGAAGCAGCGUGAAACCAAAACAUAUGGACCAGGUGGUGUUCUUAGCUGAAAACCUCCCAUGAGC